AUGGAACAAAGGGUUCCUUCAUCUUCCAUCUUCCAGGAGCAGAAGGAGAGACCUACGUCUUUCAAUACCAUAACCGCAACACCAACCCCACCCCUUCCUCCCACCCCUAAGUGUCCCUUCAUUCCCAUAAUGCCUAACACCCCAUCCCCAGGGACCCUUCCUCCCCCAAGUGCCAUGACCGGGACCCCUGCCCCCAACCCCAGGGUCCCUUCAUCUCCCAAGAGAUGGAGAGACUUCUGCCUUUACAACACCAUACUUCCUACCAAAUCCCCUCUCCUCCCUCGCCCCGCUUCAGCUUCUCCCCCCCCCCCCUCGCCCCGACACCCCCAAGGACCCCAUCAUCUCACAGAAGCACCAGCAUCAGCAUCAGCAGCAGCAGCAUCCACUCCCCGAAAACUCUUCAUAAACAGCGCUGAGAAGAUGGAUUAUGAGUCGACCAUCCAUCAUUCCUGCUUCCUGCUGCCUGGAAGUGAUCUUUUCCACCCACCCAACGCCUCCUCCCUACCCCUCCCACCUGCUCCUCCUCCCCAGCCCCAACACUUCUGCUUAAUGCUAUGA